UAUUCUAUUAUAUUAGUUACGUAAUGUUAUUUGCUAAGGUACAAAAAUAGAUUAUCACCAUUUUAUCUGAAAUUUGGUAUCUGCUUCUUUGUUAAGAGGUACUCAACGUUCUACUAUAAAUAAACCGCCGUUUUUCAACACCUUCAUUGUAUCCAAAGCAUCUAACCAUGAAAUUGGUAUUGAUUGCAGCCCUAUUCACUCUCACCUAUGCUGCACCUGCUGCAGUCCGUAACAAUGUUCUGAAUUACUUAACGCAAUUCGGUUAUUUGGCAGAGGCUAAGUUAAAUAACCCAUUAUAUGUGGUGAAAGCUAUCAAGAAACUACAACGCAUGGCUCAUAUUCCCGAAACUGGUGUCAUAGACGAGGCAACUAUUGAGUUUACGAAUACACCUCGCUGUGGGGUUCCCGACUUUGAGAAUAGUCAACUUCGUGCUUUUGUACCUAUGCCAUGGAGUAAAAGGAACCUCACUUACUAUUUAGGAAACAAGAGCAGACACCUUACGGAACAAGAAUAUGGCGACUACCUGAAACUUGCCCUGGAUACUUGGGGAAAGCACGCCAAAUUAAAUUUCACCAGAACAUUAGUCGUCGAAGAUGCUGAUAUUGUUUCCUUUUUCGCCGUCAGAGAUCACGGAUGCGGAACUCCGUUUGAUGGAGAAGGCGGUAUCUUGGCGCACGGCUUUUACCCAAACUUUUACACACCCCCGAACCCGAAAAACGGAGAUAUUCAUUUUGACGAUGACGAACCGUGGACUAUAAAUGGACAUGGAAGAUAUUUCGUUAGAGUUGCGCUACAUGAGCUGGGCCACUCGCUUGGAUUGGAGCACUCCUCUGUAUAUGGAGCGAUCAUGUUUCCGGCGGCGUCGUACAAUCGGUCAACAGAACUACAUCAAGAUGAUAUCGUUAGGAUACAAAAACUAUAUCCCUAGCGCCACUUACGAUAACUGACGCUUUACUUA